GGGGCGGCAGCGGCUCAACGGGAUGUUGACUGGCUUUUGCUUCUCUUGCCAGCGCUGUGGGGCCAGGGCAGAAGCCUCCACCGGGGCCACUCCUCGGGCUGCCUCUCCGGAAUGAGGCCUCAGCGCCCGCGCGGGACGGGCCCCUUUCCCCUCCGAGAGAGCCCAAGGAGAGGCCGAAACCGAGACGAUGCCUGGGAAGCUGAAGGUGAAAAUCGUGGCCGGGCGCCAUUUGCCAGUGAUGGACAGAGCUAGUGACCUGACAGAUGCCUUCGUGGAGGUAAAAUUUGGUAAUACCACCUUUAAAACAGAUGUGUGUCUCAAGUCCCUCAACCCUCAGUGGAACUCAGAAUGGUUUAAAUUUGAGGUGGACGAUGAAGAUUUACAGGAUGAACCUCUCCAGAUCACAGUUCUUGACCACGAUACUUACAGUGCAAAUGAUGCCAUUGGCAAAGUCUACAUUGAUAUCGAUCCUUUACUCUACAGUGAGGCUGCCACUGUCAUCUCAGGAUGGUUUCCAAUUUAUGAUACCAUUCAUGGUAUCCGUGGGGAAAUCAAUGUAGUUGUCAAAGUAGACCUCUUCAACGAUUUAAACCGAUUCAGGCAGUCGUCAUGUGGAGUGAAAUUCUUCUGCACAACAUCUAUUCCAAAAUGCUACAGAGCUGUGAUAAUUCAUGGAUUUGUAGAAGAACUUGUGGUCAAUGAAGACCCAGAAUAUCAAUGGAUUGAUCGAAUUCGCACACCAAGGGCAUCAAAUGAGGCCAGACAGAGACUCAUUUCCUUAAUGUCAGGCGAACUGCAGAGGAAGAUUGGCUUGAAAGUGCUUGAAAUGAGAGGAAAUGCGGUGGUUGGGUACUUACAGUGCUUUGAUCUGGAAGGCGAAUCUGGGUUAGUGGUACGAGCCAUAGGAACAGCGUGCACACUGGAUAAAUUAAGUAGCCCAGCAGCAUUCCUUCCCGCAUGUAAUUCCCCAUCCAAAGAAAUGAAGGAGAUUCCCUUCAAUGAAGAUCCCAACCCCAAUACUCACUCAUCAGGACCCUCAACCCCUCUGAAAAACCAAACUUAUUCCUUUUCACCUUCCAAGUCCUACAGUCGACAGUCCUCUUCUUCUGACACAGAUUUGAGUUUGACACCCAAAACUGCACCUUACCCACAGGGGCCUAGGAUUUACCUGUGUCCCAGCUCCCCCUCUCUCUCUCGUGGUUCCCUUCAUCUUAAAAAGUCCUGUCUCCUCCUCUCGGAAUCUAGCCUUCCCCCUCAUCCUUCUAGCCUUGUCAGCCCAGUUCUGAGGAAAAGUGUUUCUUUCAGUGAAGAGCUGUUCCUGGCUGCUUCUGGAAUGGGAAGUGGUAGUGCUGGAAAAGAAGGGGGGCCCUUUAAAGCUCUUUUAAGACAACAGACUCAGUCAGCAUUGGAACAGAGGGAAUUUCCGUUUUUCACCUUGACGGCGUUCCCUCCUGGAUUUCUCGUGCACGUUGGGGGUGUAGUUAGCGCGCGCUCAGUGAAGCUUUUGGAUCGUAUCCACAAUCCUGAUGAACCAGAAACUCGAGACGCGUGGUGGGCAGAAAUCAGACAAGAAAUAAAGUCACAUGCCAAAGCGUUAGGCUGUCAUGCUGUAGUGGGCUACAGUGAAUCAACUAGCAUCUGUGAAGAGGUCUGUAUUUUAUCCGCGUCCGGCACGGCAGCUGUACUGAACCCUAGAUUUCUGCAGGAUGGCACCGUGGAGGGCUGUUUGGAACAGAGGCUAGAAGAAAAUUUGCCUGCAGGCUGUGGAUUUUGCCAUAUACCAUAUGAUGAACUGAAUAUGCCAUUUCCAGCUCAUCUCACCCAUUGCUACAACUGCAGGAAACAAAAAGUUCCUGAUGUUCUCUUUACAACCAUAGACCUGCCAGUGGAUGCGACGGUUAUAGGAAAAGGUUGUCUCAUUCAAGCAAGGUUGUGUCGCUUAAAAAAGAAAGCACAGGCAGAAGCAAAUGCCACAGCUAUCAGUAAUCUGCUGCCAUUUAUGGAGUAUGAAGUGCACACUCAGCUGAUGAAUAAGCUGAAACUCAAAGGAAUGAAUGCUUUAUUUGGACUGAGAAUCCAGAUCUCAGUGGGUGAAAACAUGCUCAUGGGCUUAGCGUCGGCUACAGGUGUGUACUUAGCAGCCUUACCAACGCCCGGAGGUAUUCAGAUUGCCGGCAAGACUCCUAACGAUGGCUCUUACGAGCAGCACAUAUCUCACAUGCAGAAGAAGAUAAACGACACGAUUGCUAAGAAUAAAGAGCUGUAUGAAAUCAACCCUCCGGAGAUGUCUGAAGAGAUUAUAGGGUCACCCAUUCCAGAACCGAGACAGCGCUCAAGACUUCUGAGAUCGCAGUCAGAAAGCUCUGAUGAAGUUGCCGAAUUGGACCUUUCACAUGGGAAAAAAGAUGCAUUUGUUUUGGAGAUCGACGACACAGAUGCUAUGGAAGACGUACAUUCUCUCCUGACUGAUGUUCCACCUCCUUCAGGCUUUUAUAGUUGUAAUACAGAAAUUAUGCCUGGUAUAAAUAAUUGGACAUCUGAAAUACAGAUGUUCACAUCAGUGAGAGUAAUCCGAUUAAGCAGCCUCAACCUGACAAAUCAAGCUCUCAAUAAGAACUUCAAUGAUCUCUGUGAAAAUUUGCUUAAGAGCCUGUAUUUUAAGCUACGGUCUAUGAUCCCCUGCUGCCUUUGCCAUGUAAAUUUCACAGUGUCUCUCCCAGAAGAUGAAUUAAUUCAGGUUACAGUCACGGCAGUUGCAAUAACUUUUGACAAAAAUCAGGCUUUACAAACCGCAAAAACUCACGCUGAGAAGUCAUUGCAAAGAGCCUCUACAGAUAAUGAAGAACUCCUGCAGUUUCCACUGGAGCUCUGCUCAGACUCACUCCCUUCUCAUCCUUUUCCACCGGCUAAAGAACACCUGGAGAGUGCAAGUUCUAACUCAGGUAUACCAGCUGCACAGAGAGCGACGUCAGUUGAUUACAGUUCCUUUGCAGACAGAUGCAGCAGCUGGAUAGAGCUCAUUAAACUGAAAGCUCAGACCAUAAGGCGCGGAUCGAUUAAGACAACUGUGACAGUCGAAAAAGCGAGUCCAGUGGGUGAAGGAAAUUUCCGGAAUCGUUCUUCGCCACCUUGUGCCAAUUCUACAGUUGGGGUUGUUAAGAUGACACCCCUUUCUUUCAUUCCUGGAGCAAAAAUAACUAAAUAUCUUGGGAUAAUUAACAUGUUUUUUAUUCGGGAAACCACUUCUCUUCGUGAGGAAGGAGGAGUCAGCGGCUUCCUCCACGCCUUCAUCGCUGAAGUGUUCGCGAUGGUGAGAGCCCACGUGGCGGCGCUCGGCGGGAACGCUGUUGUCUCCUACAUCAUGAAGCAGUGCGUCUUCAUGGAGAACCCGAAUAAAAACCAGGCACAAUGUCUGAUAAACGUCAGUGGUGACGCAGUGGUUUUUGUUCGUGAAUCUGAGCUAGAAGUGGUAUCAACCCAGCAACCCACUGCCAACUGCCAGCCAGCCUGCGCUGGAGGGGAAGUUACAACCUGAAGUCGGUCAGAAAGGAAGCGCCCAGCUGAGUGGCAUUCACCUGUCUCCAUGGUUUUCUCAUUAAUUAUCUUUCUCAACUUAAAAAGUGAACUUCAUUUGAGAUGCUAAGAAUUGCUACAUCUUAUGAGUGUGUUUGAUUUGUCUGGAAUCACUUGGAGGCAGGAGAACUUUCAAAUCGUGCCGAGACAGGCAGCCCCGUGGGGCCUUGACCCCCAGUCAGUUCAGGUAAAUUUCUCAGAGGACUGUAGCAACGAUGGAAGCUGUUUGUAAUUUAUUUUGAUUUUAAUAAAAUCAUAAUUUAAAAAAUGAGAUGGUAAGGUUAUCAGGAAAUUGGGAUAGCUCUCCUAGUAUAGUUUAGAAAAACUAAGCAAGAAAUUCGCAGUUUGUUAAUGAGUAAAUCAUCCGAAUGUGUAAUGGGAAAAAUGGAGAAAAAUUUUCAGAACACUGUGUGGGUUUCUUAGUGUGUGAUUUUGAUGAGGAAUUUGGUAACAACUGAAAGGGAAGAGUGAGUCAGCCAUCUUUAAAAAGAAGUUCAAAUUCUGCAACCUGUAUUCAUAGUAAGUCCCAGAGACUGGAAAAGAAAAAGUCAUUGAUCAGAGCCAGUGUCCUUCCAUUGGAAGUUUAAAUAAUGUCUGUAAGGAAGGAGGGGAAAAAAAUACCGUAUAACUUUGUUUCUGGCCAAGUUUCAGUUUAUCAGUUUGUCUAAAAGAGGCUUGGCUUCAACUGGGAAGAAAAGGCCAGUGAAUUUUGUUGAAGUGGUUAAAAUAUAACUGACCUAGGAGGAAUGUAAAAUUGUUUUCUCAUAAAAUUGUACUGCACUCCUCCCAAAUAAACAGCAUUUUAAUAAUAUCUUAGGGAUUUUUGAUGGUAAGUCAGACUGUAUUUGGCAUAGACUCUGGAAAUGUAACUUGAAUGUAAAUACAAUGCAGAAUGCUGAAUGUAUAGAGAGAAACUCUUUUUCUGUCAAUGCCAAAUACGUGUUACAAAUGAACCUGCAAAAGUACAUUCCUCCUUUGCACAAUAAAAUUUCUUCAUAAAACUCAUGGUUUUGCUCGUCCAGGAUGGCAGCUGCCCUAACGAUUAGGAGUCCUUUCCUGGUUAUCACAGGCGUCAAUAUUUUUCUGUAUUUUGUUUAUAAUUUUAUUUUUUAAAUAAAAAGUUUAUAAAGAUAAA